CGUCUCAGUCUCAAUGAUCGCCAUCUGCAACAUAACCGCAGCCGGACAGCUGGAACGUCCGCAACAGUUUCGGAUUCCAGCACUUGGUCACAAGGCGUUGCUUGGCGCCCAGGCAACGGAAUUAGUAGCAACGGCCCUGUGCAGGCCGCCCCCAGGCGCGUGGCCAACUCUAGUCCCAGCAGUGCAGCAUCUCCUUUCCCGUUCUAUACGAAGCCCGAGCCCAUUGUUCUUGGUACUUCAUCUCAGUUGCAUUCCACUGCGAGCAGUGUUGGCAUCGCACCACGGCGUCCUCAUAGCGUGGCAGCUACUCCUACUGCCUCUGCCACUGGCUUGUCCCCUUACUCGUGGUGUUCCGCUGACAGCAGUUGUCUCCAGACAGGCCCCCGGCGACCUCAUAGCAUUGCUUCCAGUCCCGUAUCUUCCAAAGGACCAGGUGUUCCAAGCGCCCGGCCCCGAGAUGGUCCCGUGGCAUUAUCUUCUUCCUACGGUAUUCUGCACCAACCAAUCCCGCGUCGUCCUCACAGUAUCGGUACUUCAAUCGCAAUCACACCACCAACACCAUCCGUACCCAGCACGAGGACAGAAAAUAUUCCACAACAGCAGAUACCUCGAAGACCGCUCAUUCCCAGUUCCAAUUCCGUUCCUAUCCUUCCGUCUGCUACAUCGUCCCCGAAAGCAAAACUUGGCAACUCAAUGCAGCAACACACUCCUCGUCGUCCGCAAAGCGUGGUGGUUACACCCAGUUCCUCUGCCACUCUCCCUCACGUCACAACCGCCACACCUUCCUGCGUUUCAAUGAUUACUACGGGCAGUUCUCACACAUGGUCGUCGUCCAACAACCAGCAGCGGCGGGUGGCGACCACUGCAGCAACACCAACUUCUGUUCCAGUUACUCUUAGUCCUUCAGACUCCGGCUACCGUUCUUUGCCGCCAGCCACGAGCGAUUACCAGAUCCUCAACUCUUCGCAUGUCACGCACAACUCUACCACCAGGCGCCUUUCCCUCCCAUCCACAUCGGCACAGGUGGCCCUGGGUUUGCAGACGCCAAGGCCAAGUCCCACUUUCCACGGGCUCCCUUUUCUUCCUGUCAGACCACUAACAUGUGGGUUGUCGCCAAAUGGCAACCCCAUCUUCCUCGGUUGUACUCAUCUGCACACCCCAAACAGUAAGACAAACACCCCGGCGACCACUCCCAGCAACACGGUGGCUUCCACGGCGCAGGCCUUGCAGCAGCUGUUACUGCAACAUCCUCGGAACGGGUUCAGGACCUUGGACGACAAGGUGAACUUGUUCCUCGAGAUCCUGGACACUCAGGAGCGCUUCGAGCAGGAUCUGCAGUCUGAAAUCGAGAGCCACAAGGAUGUGUUUGCGUCGCUCAACGGUACUGGAAGGAAACUGCUUAGCAGUCUGGCAUCUCAGGACGAUGCCGUCAUGCUCCAGCGACGCCUGGAUGAGAUGAACCAACGGUGGCAUCAUCUCAAAGCCAAGAGCAUGGCUAUUAGGAACAGGCUGGAAAGCAAUUCCGAGCACUGGAACGCACUGCUACUGUCUCUUAGGGAACUCAUCGAAUGGGUAAUCCGUAAGGAUACGGAACUCACUGGACUGGGACCCAUUGGAGGGGACGUGGCCUGUCUACAGAAACAACAGGACGACCACCGCGCAUUCCGGCGUCAGCUGGAAGACAAGCGACCCGUCAUCGAGAACAACCUGCUGAGCGGACGUCAGUACAUCGCCAACGAGCCACCGCUCUCUGACACCAGCGACAGCGAAGUGGGACGGGAAGUGGAGGCAGACUCCCGCGGGUACCGUAGCGCGGAGGAGCAGGCCCGCGAACUAACCCGAAGUAUUCGCAGAGAGGUGAACAAACUGUCCGAAAAAUGGAACGCACUCAUCGACCGCUCGGACCAGUGGCAGCGGAAAUUGGACGACAGUCUUACGAAAAUGCGCUUAUUCCAAAAGAAUCUGGAGGACUUGUCCAGUCGUAUAUCAGCAGCCGAUGCCAUGAAAAACAGCUGGCAGACUCCAAAUGACAUGACUGAAGUGGGUGAAAUGCUGGAACAACUACGGAAAUUUGGUGAACGACUUGGGCCAAUACAGAGAACAGUAGAGGAUGUUAAUGACCAAGCAGCUUUAUUUACUUCCAACAACGUUUUAGUUUCACAUAUCAACCUGAACCGAUUAGAGGAUCUCAAUACAAGGUGGAAAUUCCUUCAAAUGGCUGUGGAUGACCGCUAUAAGCAGCUCAAUAAUUUUGGGAAGGAGGGAUCCCCACCAAACCAGGGCUUCCUGUCAGCAUCCGUUGAGCCUCCAUGGGAACGAGCUAUCACUGCAAACAAAGUGCCUUACUACAUUAAUCAUGAGUUGGAAACUACACACUGGGACCAUCCCAAAAUGAUUGAGCUAAUGAAUUCUCUCUCUGACCUGAAUGAAGUUCGCUUCUCAGCAUACAGAACAGCUAUGAAACUUCGAACCGUGCAGAAACGAUUAUGCUUGGAUCUCCUCAGUCUAGCAGCUGCUCUGGAGUCAUUUGACUCUCAUGGUUUGAGAGCGCAGAAUGACAAAUUAAUUGAUGUUCCUGAUAUGGUGACUGUUCUGACUUCCCUGUAUGAAUUGAUUGCGGCUGAUAACCCCAAUCUUGUUAAUGUGCCACUCUGCCUCGACCUCGCCAUAAACUGGCUGCUCAAUGUCUAUGACAGCCAACGCACAGGACAGAUUCGAGUUUUGUCUUUCAAAGUUGGACUUGUCUUACUCUGCAAAGGACAUCUAGAAGAAAAGUAUAGAUAUUUAUUCCGGCUGAUUGCGGAUCCAAACCGAUUAGUGGACCAGCGUAAACUGGGUCUUCUUUUGCAUGACUGCAUUCAGGUGCCACGCCAACUUGGUGAAGUAGCAGCUUUUGGAGGCUCCAAUAUAGAACCAUCAGUUCGCAGCUGUUUUGAAAAAGCAGGGAAAGAUAAAACUUCCAUAGAGGCCAUCCAUUUCCUCAACUGGCUGCAGCAAGAGCCACAGAGCAUGGUGUGGCUUCCAGUCCUUCACAGGCUAUCUGCUGCGGAGACAGCGAAACAUCAGGCCAAGUGCAACAUCUGCAAGGAAUACCCAAUAGUAGGGUUUAGAUAUCGCUGCUUGAAGUGUUUUAACUUCGACAUGUGUCAGAAUUGUUUCUUCUCAGGGAGGAAAGCAAAGAACCAUAAACUUACGCACCCUAUGCAAGAAUAUUGCACAGCUACUACUUCUGGUGAAGAUGUCAGGGACUUCACAAGAGCACUCCGCAACAAGUUUAAGUCAAAACGUUACUUUAAGAAGCAUCCUCGAGUGGGUUACUUGCCUGUGCAGACAGUGCUAGAAGGAGAUGCCCUGGAGAGUCCUGCUCCCUCACCUCAACACUCCACUCUCAGCCAGGACAUGCAUUCACGACUAGAAAUGUACGCAUCGCGGCUCGCAGAGGUGGAAUUGCGCACCAGGAGUAAUUCCACCCCUGACUCAGAUGAUGAGCACCAGCUGAUUGCCCAGUACUGUCAGUCACUGAAUGGAGGUGAUACAGUUCCAGUGCCCCGCAGUCCAGUUCAGAUUAUGGUUGCCAUCGACCAAGAACAGCGUGAGGAAUUAGAAGCCAUGAUACGUGAAUUGGAGGAGGAAAAUGCAUCCCUUCAGGCAGAAUAUGAGCGCUUGCGAGCCAAGCAGACACCUGGAUCAACGCCUGAGGAGUCCGCACAUCUGCCUGGUGGCCCAAGGCCUCCUGAGUGUGAAUUGCUGGCAGAAGCAAAGCUGUUGCGCCAGCACAAAGGCCGACUCGAGGCUCGCAUGCAGAUAUUAGAAGACCAUAACCGUCAGUUGGAGGCUCAGCUUCAGCGACUUAGACAGUUAUUGGACGAGCCGAGUUCCAGUUCUCCUUCCAAGACAGGAACUCUGCAGACCCGAUCUGUGACAGCAUCUCAGUUGGCCACAGAUUCACCUGCUAAAAUGAAUGGGCAUUAUCAUGACUCUGGAAGUGGGCGCUGGGUGGAAGGUGGUAGGAGCACGCUGGAUCGUGUUGGCGAUAUGCGACCACCACCUCCUCCAGUUUCACACAACAUGGCAGCUGCAGCCACCGGCACAUCUUCCUCUGUUGCUGCUGCUCAGAAUGUAGGCAAUCUGCUACACAUGGCAGGAGACUUGGGCAAAGCUGUAAGCGAGUUGGUGACAGUGAUGACUGAUGAAGACCAACAUUCUGAGUCAGCCAGCCCCAGUGACGAGGAGCUGCACGCCUCAGCAAGGUUCAGCCCAAAGUAGAGUGAAAUAUCGAGUCACAUUCAGUCACAGAUUUCCUUUGAUUAUUGCAGUAUGAUUCAUGGUACAUGUCUAAUGUUUUUAGCAUUUCAGAGAUUGAGUUUUCCCUUGACAAAUUCACAGUAAUGAUAGGCGCAACUUACGAGUGUAACAAUAUUUGUUUAAAAUUACUAAGUAAAUAUGAUUUUAUAAAAUGCUAUUACAUUUUGCAUAAUGGUAGAGAAAAAUAAGUGUAAGUGAUGAUAAUUAUAUUAAAAAACUUUGUAGAAAAUUAAGCUUUAGGGACAGAAAAUACUAUGUUGACCUGGUCACUUAAAAGUUACAUGACAAGAGGCAGAUUCAAUCUUUGUGAUGUCUGGGUAAACCAUCAGACAGUGUUUGAUAAAUGUCAUGUACAACUACUGCAAGAGUUGUCAGCAGUCUGAAGAGCUUUUGAAGAGUACGUGCUGCACAAGAUAAAGGACCAAAUAAUGGAACUGCUAGAUCAAGAGAUAGUUCCAGUGGUGGACAAUUUUAGAGAAAAGAGCAAAAUGAAAUUGCACAACUGCCAUAUCACUAAUUUAAAAUUUGUAUCUUUGAUCUUGACUCCCAUACACAUCUUAUUUGACAUAUCUGAACGUGCCAAUUGGCAGAUUGGUUAAUAUAUUUAGGGAAUUGUUAUAAUUACGAUGUAACAAGUGAAUGUAAAUAAGCAAGACACUUAAGAUUGCAGGAUGAAUGAGUAGUCUCACACACAAACACAAUUACAAGUGUGGAUUACGAGUCGCUCUCGCCUCUUUGAAAGAAGAGUAUUUUCCCUUCGUGAACUGCACAAACAUGGUACUUUAAACACUAAUCAUAAUCCCAUGAGAUGACUACUUGUCACUAAAAGGCACAUAUCCUUCCCUGUAAUGAUAGAGAUACCAAGAAAGUCUUAAAAUGACUCUAAGUUAGAUUUAUAAUCUUUUAUUACUUCAAUUUUAUUUUCUUAUAACUCAAUUUAUCAGAUGUUUUUAAUUGGGUGUGAACAGUACCCACAAUCUUUUCUAUCCACUUAAAGACUUGAUAGCUCCAUUUCAACCUCAAGUUCUGGUGUACAUUUAAAUUUGUUCGUUGCUGUAGAUAGAACAUUUGGUAGCUAUGCUUUUAAGGAGGAACCAUCGGUUUGGGACAGUGCAUGUGGAAUCUCCUCUUACGUCAAGUGUAGUAUUUGUUGGUUGUAGGAGUGGAGCUGGUCAUCAUAUAGCAAUUAUUUGUAAAAUUAUUGAUUCCAUGAAUAAAGAAAUGGUAGAUAUAUAUAAAUA